CCAGGCUGCUUCUGAUCAUGGCCAUUUCCAAAGCAUUUGGACUGGAAUUAGUUGCUGGAUUGGGCCACCAUGAACGUCCGUCACAGGGAGACCUGGCCUUCAGAGAGGGCAGCCUUCGGUCCCAGGAGGAGCCUGCGAUUCGUCAUCGGCCUUUCCAGUUGGUGCCACCCGUGAGAAUCCAGGACAGUAAGGAGCUCAACAAAACCUGCUGCCUGAACGGGGGGACCUGCAUGCUGGGGUCCUUCUGCGCCUGCCCCCCCUCCUUCUAUGGACGGAACUGUGAGCAUGAUAAGCGAAAAGAGAACUGUGGGUCCGUGCCCCACGACACCUGGCUGCCCCGGAAGUGCUCCAUGUGCAAAUGCUGGCACGGCCGGCUGCGCUGCUUCCCUCAGACAUUCCUGCCCGGGUGCGAUGGCCACGGGAUGGACGAGCACCUCGCGGCUUCCAGCGCCCCAGAACUAACGCCAUCCGCAGGCGCUGCUCUCAUGCUGGCUGGCACCUGCCUUGCUCUACAAAGUUCAUAUUAA